AUGAAUCUAAUCUACUGCAUGCGGUACCCGUUUCUCACGCCCCUAGAAGUCCGAAUUGCGCGGCCUGUAUUUCUGUGCGUUGAGAGUUAGAAAGGUUUGAGAGUUUGAGCAAUGUGUCUCUCUUAGACCAAAACUGCAUGAGAAGAUGCGUCACUCGCGUUACAAAUGAGAUCUUGCGGCUUCAGAACAAGUAUUCUGCUGUAGUUAGUCAAACAUAUAGCUGAAGUGGAUCUGAUCGCCUGUAAAUUCUGAGAAUUGCUGAGGCUUCGAGGACGUCUGACUAGGAUAAAUUUUCAAUCGGAGUGAAAAGUCAAAGGAUGAACUCUGAUCGUCCGCACUUGGCCUCGAGGACUGUUUGUCGUUACCGUCUCUUGUUCCCUGACAAUGAAAAGAGUCACGGCUGCUGCUUCGUGCCUGGGGCAGUCACGAUCUUCAAGCCUCGAUCUAGAUUCGCAGUUCGCUGCGAUUUGAAUUCUCCUGAGAUCAGGUUUCAUCCGUGAGCCUCGAAACCACAAUACCACUCGUCUCGUGCUGAUUUCCUGUUUGUCAUCAGUAGCAAGAAAAAUUGCACGGACCGGGAAGUUGGAAAUUAUGGGACCGACGUCUCUUGGAUUCGGAUCGACCGCAUCAACAUUACGCAUGCAUGCACUGCUCGAUACGAAAAAUGAGAGUCAUUGUACGAAGAGAUCGUGUAUGGUUUUUCAUUGCCGCACAUUGGUCGUGAGGAUCCAAGAGAGUUGUGCGACAGGUUCAUGGACGAUAAGCGUGAGAAGUUCAAGCAGGAUGUCGAUUUAUUCCUUCUGUGUCAACAUGAAGACUUCCUAUCCAUUUGUCUUUCUGUCAGAGAAUUGUUGUCGUAGCUGGAACGAACUGGCGGGUUGGAACGCACAGAAAGUCCAAGAAAAGGAUAAGCAGGGAAAACUAAACUGGCCACGGUGACCACGCAAGUGACGGGGAGCUUGCUAAGAAAAUAGGUUGUCAGAAUGGCGGAGAGAAGGAGCAGUUGGAGGUCCUGACAGCUCUCGAUCAUGCGAAGACGCAAUUUUGUCAUUUCACCGCACUUGUCAUAGCUGGAAUGGGCUUCUUCAUCGAUGCUUACGACCUAUUCUGCAUUGCGGUGGUGCAAAAGCUUGUAGGAAGAUUGUAUUACUAUGAUUCAGGUACACACAAACCUGGAAGACUGCCUGCUCAUGUAGCCUCGGUUGUCAGCGGUGUGGCAUUGUGCGGAACUUUGGAUGGGAAUUUAUUUUUUGGUUGGCUUGGAGACAAGUUGGGACGGAAGAAGGUUUACGGAAUGAGUUUGAUGAUCAUGAUCGUGUGCUCGAUUGCUUCUGGUCUAUCUUGUGGCUCAACUGCGACGGCCUUAAUGGGAACCCUGUGCUUCUUAAGAUUCUGGCUGGGUUUUGGAAUUGGAGGUGACUGCUCUUUGUCCGCCACAAUCAUGUCCGAUUACUUGAAUACCAAACCAGGGGAGCGUUUAUCGCUGCCGUGUUCCCCAUGCAAGGCUUUGGACUUCUAAGCCCGGAGCAGUGGGAUCCAUUACAGCGAGUAUCUUCGAAACUCGGUUUCCUAGUCCUUCGUUUGACGAGGAUCAAAUCAGGUCCACCGCGCCCGAAGCAAAUUUCUUAUCUAAUGGCGCAUCACUUUCAUAUUGGGUGCUGUACCCGCUGCAGCGACUUACUACUACCGCAAGAAGAUGCCGGAGACGGCUCGCUACACUGCACUUGGGUAGCUGGAAAUAUUCAAAACGCCGCAGAGCAUAUGAUGAAAACUUUAAAAGUCCCGGAAACAACCUUCGAGAAUGAUAUGAUGAGGAAAGUGAAGCCUAUAACACACGAGAGAGAGAGAGAGAGAGAGAGAGAGAGAGAGUUUGGACUCUUCGGUUUGACAGGCAGAGCAGACAUGAACUCCAACUGCUGGACACAACAACAACAACGUGGUUCAUACUCGACGCUGCCUAUAACAGUCAGAACCUCUUUCAGACCGUGGUUUUCUCAGCUGUUGGGUGGUUGCUGAAGGCAGGAUCCAUGAAUGCAAUCGGAGAAGUUUUGAGUUUCCAAAGCUCAGUUUCUUAUCGCUCUCUGCUCGACAGCUCCUGGAUAUUGGUUCUCAGUGGCUCUGAUUAACCGUAUUGGAAGAUUCGUCAUCCAGUUUCAAGGUUCAAUCCUCAUGACAGUAUUCAUGCUAGCUCUAAGUAUACCCUACCGAUGACACCUUACAGGAACCACACGACGGCUUCGGACUUCUGUACCAUUUCAGGAUGCCAAGUGAAGAGAUGAAAGGAGCUACCUCGGUACAUUCCGGACAGUGCAUUCUGAGUCUAACUCACGAGCUGGAUGGAGACGGACACCGGUGCCGACUUUGGUUGUAGCUGGUGAGUUGGGAUAGUACACAUGAAAGAGCUGUAUUAGUCCCCUUGUUCAUUGGUUCGGAAUGCAUGUGCAGUUGAGUGAUAGUUUCCAGACGAAGUAACAUAACGAUUGCAGAUGCAAAAUAUUUUCCCGACUGAAGAUGGGUACAGGGUCUUGUAGCAAGGAACAAGGCAGUUUUAGAUCC